CCCAUCUUGGCCCUCAGAGGCAACCACACAAAAACGGUCGUUCGGAAGCGGAGCCGAGGCAAUUCGCAUUCCCGAACGCAGGUCCGAGCGCCUCUGACGUUCGUUCACCGCAAUCUUUCAACAUAAACUCGGCCGCGCAUUUACGAGGCGAUCGAGUGGCUGUGUUUGAUGUGGGCGACCAGGAGUCCCGGCGUCGCAAGGUCGACCUUUUGCAGGUAUGGUAUCAGGAAGAAUUUUUCACCGCUCCGGAAGGGUAUAAUAAGAGGGCCGUUGGGACGCCCAUUUGCACUCAGACCGAGAAAUUGGUCUGAGAGGAGAUUACUUGGGACGAGCACCACUCAAGACACAUCAACCUCAACAUCGACACCCCCGAACAACUCCGAACGCACCACCCAAACCCCCCAACAGCCACAACCCCCAAAACGCAAACCCCUCUGGAUCCGCAUUCCAACAUUCCUCGCCCUCAGCGCCUUCUUCUUCGGAAUCGGGUUCACCAUGACGGCCUCGCCCGCCCUCCCAACCGCGCAAGCCCUCCUAUCACCUCCCUCCGACGCUGAAACCCUCACAAUGUUCACGCCCGACAAUGAACAACACCAGGAGAUCGAGAAAUUCAUCUUCACCCACCCUCUAACGCAACGCCUGACCGAAGACGCGAAAUACAUCGCAUCGCGCCCGCAUCUCAAGAUCCCGCCAAACAUGCGCGCACAGAACCUCACUGGCGGGACGCUCCUGGGGGAGGGUAAGAUUGCGGUGCCGCCAUUGCAGUUUACUACCGCCGAUGGCUCAGAGUUUGCAUCAAUUCAGUAUUUGGGUCCGGCGUUGUGCGGGUACCCGGGGAUAAUUCAUGGGGGGCUUCUGGCGACGUUGUUGGAUGAAGGGCUUGCGAGGUGCUGCUUUCCAGCGCUUCCGAAUAAAGUCGGGGUUACGGCGAGUCUGAAGAUCGAUUAUAGGAGACCGGUGUUGGCGGAACAGUAUGUGGUGUUGAGAGCCGAGACGACGAAAGUGGAGGGGAGGAAGGCGUGGGUGAAGGGUUGGUUGGAGACGCUGGUUGAGGAGGGCGAAGACGAGAAGCCGGUUGUGCUAGUUGAGGCUGAAGCGCUGUUUAUUGAACCUAGGCAGGCGGCCAGUAUGGCCAAGGUGUAUUCUGCAGCGUGAUGUGCAAGUAAUUCGUUUAAGCGCUUGGAAAUCGGAG